CGACAUUGUUAGUUGUGAACUGAGUGGCGAAUAUACAUACAUAUGUCUAUACCUUUGUGCGCAUUAAUUCAAGCAUAAAAAAUCAUCUCACUUGCCGCAUCAAAAUGUGUAAAUGUCUCGCAGGAAACGUAGCGUGCUGCUGCUUCAAUUGCGCUCUCAGCAUGCUUAUUUCAAUUAUUAGCGCAUUUUUUGUGAUUAUAAUAGUUGGCGCAUUGGUAUACUAUUUCUAUUAUUAUGAGGAAAAAGACGACGUUACUAAAAUCAAAGACGAUGUUCAUGAAGGAUUUAAAAAUGCCUAUGAUAAAUUGAAGGACACCUUAAAGACAAAUUGAAUAAUAUUGUUUCAUGGUGUCCAAGAAUCUACAGAUUAAUUACUAUUUCGUAUUUCUUAAAUUUGUCCUACUUUUGUGCCAUUUUAAUCUUAAAGUGCAGAAACUAAAAAAAACGGUAAUAGACUUAUUGAAAGUCUACGAUAAAAACUAAUUCCACACAUUAAAUUUCGGCAUUUUAAAACAAAUAGUGCGCUCGGAAAAAAAUUGUUAUUUCCAACAAAAUCUAUUUAAUUAAAUUAUUUAAAAUUUUACAAAAUAUAAUUUCAAUAAAACAAAACAGUACAAAAACACAUACAGUAGAACAUACUUGUGGCCGUGUUCAACUACACAAAAAUGAAACUUGAAGAAGAAUUUGUAGAAAAGUUAAGGAAAUAAAAUGUUCUUACGAAAGUCAAUAAAAAUAAGCAUAACAAAUAUAAUAUUUUUAAUUAGCAUAUAUAUUUUUUAGUUACACUUAUUCAAAAAGUAAAUUAUUUUCAAAUGAUGACGCAGGUAACAAGCGUGAAUGAAUUAGUAUUUAUUAUUUUAUUCGCACCUUCAAAAAAUAUUGAACUAGACUCUUAAGGGAUUUAUUUACUUUUUUUCCAUGUUUUUCCUAGUCCCAAGUUCACUGGAUAUUGAACCUACUGCCGGUUAUUUGUUUUUCACAGCGCAAUCUUAAAAUCAAUCUAUAAAGCUUAAGAGUAAAUAUGUAUAUGGUGAUGCCUUUAUGUUGGUCCAUGUAUCUAUGUACAUGUGUGAUUAUAUGCUGGACCCAGCCAAAAUACCACCAGUCCAAGCAUGUUCUUAUAAAUGUGUAUAUGCCUAAAUUCAAUGUGUUCAAUUUAUAUAUUGAAUCAAUACAAAAAAAACAAUGCUUUAUAUUUUUUUAUUUAUAUUUACUAUAUUAUAAAUUUAUAUAUUUAUAUUCUAAUACUUUAUAAAUUGAAUUCAAUGUAAGCUUAUGUAUAACACUUGCAAAAUAAAUGUAUUGAAAACUGUGGAAA